CUGACUUAAAUAAAAAUUCUCAUAUACCAGGUAGAGGAGACAAGCUCAAUGGAAUGAAGUAUCAGCAUAGCCUUUACCUGACGUUUUCGGGUAACUGUUGCCUAAUAUUUUUUAAUCAAUGUAAUCUUACACCAGGAUACAAGUCUGAGGUUCUAAAAAUCUAGUAAUACAUCAUUUGCAUGUAUCAUUUGGCAUCACCUCAGGUGUCUUACAGUGUCUUUGAAAAGAAAAAUAAGUUAUCAAUGUAGGCCUUUCCUCUGGUAUACUACAAUUGUUAGAAAACUACUCUAGCAAAGGUAAGAAAUUAUUUAGAAGGAAGGAUGCAUAGUAUUAUAUUUCUGUUUAAUAACAGGUUGAACCAGCAAAAUACUACCAAGCAUGUGUGAGUGACGCUUGUGCCUGUGACACUGGAGGAGACUGUGAUUGCUUUUGUACAGCAGUAGCUGCCUAUGCUCAAGCAUGUAGUGAAGUUGGUGUAUGCGUAGCCUGGAGAAGCCCAACAAUUUGUCGUAAGUUUUAUGUCAUAAACAAUUCUGAAAGUGUAGCUAAACGUACAGAAUCUUACAUAUGUGCAUUCAUAUCUCACUGUGUAGAUUUUUCAUGCUACUUGCUCUUUUUUUUUUUCCCCUGAACAUCUUCAACUGUCUGUUUCUCCUCAGCACUGUUUUGUGAUUACUAUAACCAGCAAGGAGAAUGUGAAUGGCACUAUAAGCCUUGUGGUGCUUCCUGUAUGAAGACCUGUAAAAACCCAAGUGGAAAAUGCCUCAAUGACCUGCCAGGUUUAGAAGGUAAAAAUAGCUGCAAGUACCUCCGAGUGGGUACAUUUUAAAUUGUCUUUAAUGAAGGGUAUUUCCUCCAUCAGUAGCAUUUGCACAAUUCAAUUUUCUCUAAUAUCAUUACAUCCACAUGAAUGGAGACAGAGUAUUGAAACUGGGGUAAGAAGAUCUCUAGGAUUAAGUUCUUAUGGAAGGGCUCUGCUAAUGCUACUAACUCUGCAUUACUUCCUAGAGCUAUUGCAAAACAUAAAGUAAAAACAUUAUGACUAUUAAAAACAAGACUUGUAAAUACAUUUGGUGCAAAUAAACCUUUGCUGACUGUAUCUCAUUCUUACUCUUUCCACCUUCAGGCUGCUACCCUAACUGCCCACCAGACAAGCCAUAUUUUCAUGAGGAUCAGAUGAAGUGUGUUAGCCUCUGUGACUGUUAUGAUGAAGAAGAAGACGGAAAGAUAUAUAAACGGGAUGAAUGUAAUACCUGUGAGUGCACAUCAGAAGGUUUACAGUGCAAGUUUGAUGAAAAAGCCUGCAACUGCAUUUAUGAAGGGAAUAGCUAUAAAUAUGGUGAACUCAUCUACAACACCACAGAUGGAACUGGAUGGUGUUUCAGUGCAACAUGCGAUGUCAAUGGAACAAUAAGCAGAAACAUCUUUAAAUGUGGCAUUUUUACAACAACCCCAUUUACAUUUUCCACAAGUCAGCCCACAACUACUGCUUCAGGUAUGCAUGAAUAAUCUUUAAAAUAACUCAAAAUUGUCUAAAAGUGACUAAAAAUUACCUGAAAGGCAGAACCUUUUCUUUAGCCAAUGGUACCUCAUUUUACUUGAAACUGUUGAUUUCUACUGGAGCCACCAAUUCACCUGGCAGCUUUAGUUGAAAAAGCAGACAAUAGUUAAGGAUGUAGAAAUGAACACAACAUUUCUUCCAAACUCAGCCUUCUCUGUUUCACCAUGGUGUUCCCAGGGGAAAAAUUAAUAGAGUUUAUUAAUCAUUGCAUCCUGGAGAAUCUUUUCAUUUACUUGCAAAAUAACCCAGCAGUUCGAGACCAGCUUCUGAAAAUAUGAAAGACAAUUGCUCCCAUUUCUUAAAUUACUGAGCACAUAAGCACAAACUGAAGAUAAGAAAUUUAGUCUGAGGGAAUGUUUCAACUAUUUAUAAUCCUUCUUUGGAACCUUUCCUAAUUGUUUUUAAUACCCAAAUCAACUGUUUCCUUCUACUCCUGGAGUACACUGC